CGCUCGCAGCACCAUGGCCAACAGUGAGCGCACCUUCAUCGCCAUCAAGCCGGACGGCGUGCAGCGCGGCCUGGUGGGCGAGAUCAUCAAGCGCUUUGAGCAGAAAGGAUUCCGCCUUGUGGCCAUGAAGCUCCUUCAGGCCUCCGAGGAGCAUCUGAAGCAGCACUACAUUGACCUGAAAGACCGCCCAUUCUUCCCGGGGCUGGUGAAGUACAUGAACUCAGGACCAAUUGUGGCCAUGGUCUGGGAGGGGCUGAAUGUGGUGAAGACUGGGCGAGUGAUGCUUGGAGAGACCAACCCAGCAGAUUCUAAACCAGGCACUAUUCGUGGGGACUUCUGUAUUCAAGUUGGCAGGAACAUCAUCCACGGCAGUGAUUCAGUAAAAAGUGCCGAGAAAGAAAUCAGUCUGUGGUUUAAGCCAGAGGAAUUGGUUGACUACAAGCCUUGUGCCCAUGACUGGAUCUAUGAAUAAGAGGUGGACGACAGAAGCAUCCUCCUGGUUUGAGACUGCUCCAUGUGCUCCUGUACACAGGUCUUCAUUCCAAGCUUGGAAAUGGGAGGGCUGAGGAUCCUUUUCUAAAGCACAUCUACCAAUAAAGCCUUUGGAAACUGG